ACCAGAUCGAAAAAUCUUAGCAACAACGCAAACAAGAUGGCUGGACGUCGGCUGUAAAUUAUCAAUUUUUUGCUCGAAAUCUUUAAAAUCUGGGAGUGCUAUUAUAAGUCCCUGACAAGAGAACACCCCCAUCAUGCCAGUGGCGGUGCCCAGGAGAGCCUCUUCUAAUGUUCACCACAAGACAAACCAUUUUGGGAUAGAGGUGGUCAAAGGGUUGACGUGGAAGGGAUGGGAACCAGGUGGGGAAUACACCAAGCAUGUCAUCUUGAAGAAUGUGCAGGUCAAGACGCAGAAGCUGAAAUUCAGCUCUCCAAACACAAGAUUCUUUUCCACCCUCUACCCUGAGCCCAUUGUGCUGAGUGCAGGGACCAGCUAUAGUCUACCCGUUACAUUCAGACCCCUGGAGAAGAACAUCUAUGUGGACAAGAUUGAGUUCCAAGCACAGGAUGGAGUAUUUCAGGUACCUAUGCAAGCUGUGCUUCCGAAGCAUGAACUCUCUCUUCCCAGCCAACUUAACUUUGGCAUGUGCGCCACAAAGGACUUUACCAAACUCACAUUUGAGCUCUCAAACACAAGUGAGCUAGUAACAAAGUUUGCUUGGUCUGUGAGCUUACCUUUCGUGUUGGAGCCAUCGACAGGCACUCUGGAUCCCAAGUCAAAAUGCACCAUCACUGCGACCUUCAAACCCACCUCUGCUGUCGUCUAUGAGACGGUGGCUGAAGUUCAUUAUGGAUCGGAUUCCCUGACUUGUAAGAAGAUGCUCAAAUUGGAAGGAAUAGGCAAGCUGCCUCACCUACUUGUCGCCCAGGCUGGUAGGCAUCCCAGAGCCAUGGAGAACCUCAACAUUGAGAGCGUGGUGUCCUUUGGUGAUGUAGCUAUUGGAUCAACAGCAGAGAAGUGGAUCGAGCUUCAUAACCUUGCUCCGGUAAAUUCUCCUUUCAAAGUAGACCACCCCACAGCAAGUACAAGAAUUGACACAGUAUUCUCUUGUCACCAAAAAUCAGGAACCGUCCCUCCAGAAAGUAUCAGCAGGAUACCGGUAAGCUUUACUCCAAACACAGUAAAUGAGGAGAGUGUGGACUACCUUCACAUUCAAGCUAUAGGCAAAGUCAGCAAAACCAUUGUCAAACUCCAUGGCAGAUGUAAAGGCCCUGUGGUAACACUGGGUUCAGAGGUGCUGAAUUUUGGCCUUCUCAAUUUGGGUGACUCAGCCACCAGGACUCUUGAUAUUGUCAACCAGUCUGACGUAGCAGCAUACUAUCAGUUCAUGAUAGACGGUCAGCAGAGUGUCUUUGAGAUGAGUGUCCAGUGUGGUAAGGUGGAGCCUCACACCACUCAAACCCUCAUCGUCACAUUCACACCGUCCCACCCAAUCAACCAUUAUAGGAGAGUCACAUGCCUUGUACAGAAUCAGGACCCAUUGUUCAUAGACAUGAUCGGAACAUGCCACACAGAGCUGUGUAAGCCAGCUGUUCUUCAACCCAUCCAUCUAACCAGAUACCGGCAGCAUGUAGCUGGUGGCUUUUCUGUCUUUCCUCCUGAGCACUUGAAUGAGAUGGUGAAGGAUGGGAAGCUUAAAUUGGAUUCUAACAAUUGCCUGACACAUCCUUCGGCUGAAGCUGUGGAAGAUCUCGUACAAAGCCCUACACCACUCCCUGCCAUGAAGGAAUAUUUUGAUGAUGGUAGACAUGGGGAAUAUACACAACCGGUACAUGUGACCAUCGAUACCACCCACGUUGACUUUGGGAACGUGCAAGACCUCCGCCGCCCCCUCCAGAAGACCCUCAACAUCACCAACCACACCAAGGGCAAGAUCACCAUCACCUGGAUGGGGGAUGAGAACCACAUCUAUUCCAUCUCCCCCGUAUCAGCCGACAUCCCACCUCUCAAGAUGACCUCCUUCAGGGUGAACUUCAAACCAAAUGCUCCCAACCAAUUCUUUGGCACAGAACUUGAAGGUUAUGCAUGUUACAAGAGCAUGAGAGACUAUCGGUUGGUCCAGGAUGAGACCUUCUCUCCACCAUGGUGUCUGACCGUUGCUGCGGUGGGACAGACAUUCCAACCAAACAACGAGACUUUCCUGCCCCGCUACACACUGGAUACCAAGAAACUGGUGUUUCCUGCUGUUGAUGUUGGGGAUUCCAUCUACAAGACCAUGUUGCUUAGUAACGCAGGGACCACGCCCAUCCAUUACACCAUCCCAGAUGACCCAUCAGGAACCUUUAAGGUCAAGCCGUCCUCCGGCUUGCUCCGAGACAAGCACCAGCUCUUUGUCUUCAAGGUCAUACCAAAGGUCAAAGACAAGACCCUCAGACAUCAGUUCAGCUGCAGGCUCAACGACUCAGACAAACACAUCCAGACCAUGGAUUGUCUAGGGUCAUCGGAACAACCCAGGGUACUGCUUGACACAGAGGGUGUCUUGUACUUCAAGAGUACAUGCAUUGGUACCUCCUCUCAGAGGAGUUACAAGGUCAAGAACACAUCUCGGAUUGCUCUCAAAUACCAAUGGAAGGUACCUCACCACCAGAAGGAUCUACUCUCUGUCUACCCAAUCACUGGUAUUAUACUGCCGAAUGAAACACAGUCCCAUGUAUGGACUUUCACGCCCAGCGAGGAAGUCAAGUACGUGGUCAAGCCGUCCAUGUAUGUUGAAGACAUCAAUCACAUUGGGGAUCUGACAAGAAGGAAAGCCUUCUUGCUCAGAGUUCUUGGUGAGGGAUCUAUUGGAAGAAUCAAGUGUGAAGAACCUGUGGUAGACUUGUCUGACGUGGUAGUGAACACCGCAGUGAGCAGAGACAUCGUCCUGCAUAAUAACAGCAACUGCAGCCUCCACUAUGAGCUUAGUGUGGAGCAGACCAUGCAGGGUAGCUAUGCAGAGGAGGCAGCUGAAACAGAUGACCUGGCACUGACUUUGGACAGAACAAGGGACGUCCUUCCAGCCCGUUCAAGGCGUGUCAUCCGGGCCACCAUCCGCCCUGAGAGGCGUCUUGGCUACACCUUCUCCAUCGGCUACCGUCUCCUGACCCCAUCCAUCCCAAAUUUGGAGAGGACACAGAAGAAGGAUGAAGACACAGAGGGGAAGGAAGAUGAGAAGAAGGAAGGAGAGAAGAAGGAAGAAACGUCAAAGAGUGUUUCUGAGACGAGCAAGGAGGAGGGUGUCCUAGUCCCUGUCAGUGACACGAUGCACCAGCUUUGUGAGAUGACUGCGGUAGGGGUGUACCCAACACUCCAGAUCACUGAUGCCCGCUGCUAUGGCAGUGCCGCUGGGAUUAGCAAGGCCAGACUCUGGAGUCUGUUAUCCCUGGAUAAUUUGAACUCUUGUCUGGAUUCGGACCCCUCACCUGUAGAGCUCAUCUUCUCCCGUGUCACAAAGCACAACAUGCGGCGUAAGGCUGUGGUGUUAACCCAGGCACUGCUGGACUUCAACUUCAGUGCUUCACCGGUUGGAGCAGAGCCUUGCAUCGUUCAUCUCAUGUUGGAAAACACAGGCACUGUCAGUGCAGACUGGGCUUAUCUGUUUCCAACCGAUCUCCAGCUGGAGAUGGAAUAUUGGGCUGAGACAGGAGAAUUUGAUCAUGAUGAACUUCAUGAGAUGAGGAUCAUGGAUAACAAGCUAUUCACUGUAGAGCCAAGCAGUGGAUCCCUUAUGCCCGGUCAAUGCCAGACGGUCACUAUGACCUACUGCCAUGAGUUUGCAGGAACAGACAGGCUUCCCGUCCUCUUCAAGAUCAUGAGGGGCAGAGAGGUUCUGCUGAACUUCACUGGUGUGACGGUAAACGAGGACAGACGCUACGUCCACUUCCCCAGCAACAAGCACAUGUUCUCCCCCGUGCCUAUAGGUGGCGUCAUCAACCCCAAGCAGGUCUAUGAGCUGUAUAAUGGUGGAGGUAUGGAGGUCAUGUAUCAGCUGGACCUGACUGCUUUGGAUCAAGUUCAAGAGGAAAACUUCAAUCACAGGAUCUUUGAUUGCCUGAAUCCCAAGGGUGUAAUACCAGCUGGUAGAACAGCCAAAGUGGAAUGGAUCUUCUCUCCACUGGAAGCAAAUACAUAUAUGGUUGAUGUCCCAAUCCACAUCAUUGGUGGUGACACCGCCCUGAUCACCUUCACCGGUGUGGGCUACGACAAGCGCUCCCUAGGCACCACCAUGCCCAUGACGGACGGCACAGAACUGACCGGUGUUCCUUCCGUCCAGAGCAUCCCCCUCAGGGAACAGCUCCUGUAUGCCAGCGAGGAGAGAGUGGCCUUUGGGAAUCUUCCACUGUUCAGUGAACAACGCAAGGUGGUGUACUUGACCAACCGCUCCCCCAGCCACACCGUGUCCUUUGAGUGGUAUGUGACAUCAGAGGACGAUUCACAGGUGCUGGACAUCCAACCACCCAAAGGAACUCUUCACCCAGGAGAGGGCUGCAUGUGUAAGGUGGUCUUCACAUCUAUAGGAGAGCCGUCAUUCUAUGACCUUGAUGUCAUCUGUGAGGUUGCUGAUGAGACAGUCAUGGCAGAGUACAGGAAGGCGCUUGAAGACUGGGAGGCAGAGAGAGAGAGGCAGAAAUACGAGUUCACCAUCACUGAGUUUAGUGAUGACACACAGAAAGACGGAAGCAGCGCAGGCCCUGAAGGAAGGAGUCGCUUUAAGCGGGAAUGCACCCUGGAUAGUUCGCCAGUACCUCCUGAAGAUUUCAAGCGCUACCAGACCCUGCCGCCCAUCAAAAACGUCAAGAAUGAGAAGGAGCUUGAUGAACAGUAUACCCGUGAACACUCUGCAAAAGAUGGCAGCAAGCUGUGGCCCAAACCUGAGAAACCAGAGACGUUUGUCAUGCACCUUGGGGUGACAGGACGAACUCACACCAUUGCUGAGUUCCAGAGCAACUUCCCCAACGAGGUCCAGAAGUUCUUCAUUGAUAGGGGUAUGAGUGAGAGAGUAAUCACAAGUGGUAAAGGAAAGCAAUCACAAAGAGAUGAAUCCCUGGAACCUGAAGCCUGUGAUGAGAUGGCAGCUGGAGUCGUGGGUGAGGUCAUGAGCACUAUUGUCAGAGCAUUGCUUGAUGAUCAUGACUUCCAUGAGGCAUUGAGAGACAUCCCUAACGAGCCUAUCCCAUACUUCACUCAGUUUGGAGACAGACCCCAGUCCCCCGCUCGGUUGGAGGAUCUAAAGAUCAUCUCGCUUCCCCCUUCUCAAGCUGCUCAGCGACAUGAAGCCAUGGAGAGCCCCUCCAAGACAGUCCAGAUUGAAAUGGAAAGUCGGGGAGUACGUACACCAGAUAGCACAGCUGAUGGGGUGCCCAGCAGAACGGUGAUGCGUGAUUCUGUUACUGACCAACCUCCCUCUGCUCCUGCUGGUGAUGAUGUUGGUCUCAUGACAUCAAGGUCUGUGCUUCAGUCAUCCCCUGGAAUGCACACAGAGUAUGACUAUCAGAUAAGCUUGCGAGAGGAGAGGGAAAGACUACAGCAACAGAAUCUUAAGAGAUUACCAGAGUUUGCUACCAGUGUGGAAUCCGCUCUUGAGAACACCCUCUUCAACAUCAUGAUGGAGGCCUUCGGGGGAGAGAUCAACCUGACUGCGAGACCCCGCCUCAUAGCCCUACCCCCUUCAACCCCUCCCCGUACCCCACCCACCGGGCCAGGUGCCAAACCCAAGCAGGCCUCUGUCAUAGGGGCUUGCACCAGACCGGGGUCGGGGAAGACAUCCAAAGGAGAAAGAGCAGGGUCCGGUGGAAAGGUGCGGUCCGUGGACACGCCCAAGGUCUCGGUGGAGCUGGUGGGAUCGACGGGGAGGAGGGGAAGUCAAACCUCUCAAGUAACAGCAAAAUAAUAGAAUUGCCCUCGUUCCUGGAAAUAUCUUUUGGAAAUCAAUGUUUAACAGGUUGAACAUCUAUGUGCACAUGAAUUUUCAUGUCUUUCAUGUAAAAAAUACAUUUGUGGCCUUUUCUGAGUUAUUUCUUCAGCUUUAAAUCAAAUUUCCACAAAUGAUUUUCAAAGUACAGUGUCAUGUUACAUCAGAAUCUGUUGAAAAGGAUAUUAGUCAAUUGCCGAAUUGCUGUGAUCUAUAUUGUGGAGAUUAAUGCUUUUUUUCAGAAGAUGAGGGUAACUCAGAAAUGCAGAGAAACACCUUGAGCUCAGGCAAUAUAGCCCUAGAAUAUAUGUAGAAUGUACUGCAAUGAAGGUGGGUUUGAGAACAAGAAUGCAUAGCUGCAUAAUCUGUUGGUAUUUAUUUGGAGAGGAAAGGAUUAUGUAGGAAGGAGUAAUGAACCGAUAUUUCUGUAUUUUAUCAACAAUAUUUUACUUUCCUAUGAACAAACACCUAAUUACAGUGUAUCCAUUGCAGAGGAACAAUAGUUAUAAAUUUAAAUCAUUCUAAAGUUUAAAAAAACAAAGGACUAUGAGAAGGAAUGACUAUUGUGUACCUGUAUUAUGGUAAUUUUAUUUGGGCAUUUUGUCACCAUGAUUGUGUAUUGUAUAAAAGAUAUUCCUUUUGUAAAGACAAGUUUUGACCUUUAAACAUGAAAACUUAAUGCUGUAGAUGGUUUCUAUCUUCUGCUUUUAAAAAGAUAUUUGAAGAAUUACUUCACUACUUUUCUGCAAGAAAACAAAAUUGUUCUAAAUAUUGAUGCUGUUUACUUAUCAUCACUUAUGGUACCCAACUUUAGUGAAUAGUUAGUAAGAAAGAAGUAUACUUUUCUUGAUCCUCUACCAUUUUUUUGAAAGGAACCAUAAUAACCAAGGUCUUUAUGUGAUGUAAGAUUAAUGAUUAAGUUCAGUGUGCCUUUCAAAUGCCUUGUACCAACCUUAGAGAAUAUACUUAACUAAACAUUCUUGCUUAUUUUUUCUUGUUGGAUUAUAAUCCAAGCAACAUUGCUUUUGCGUAUAUGUAUAAAUGCCGAUGUGUGAGCAACCGUCCUUAUAUGUUAAUACUGUAAAUAUUUGUACAUAGAUACACAUACCGGUAUUCCUUUGUUGAGAUAUUGAUUUAUGUAUAUGUUUGUUUAUGCUACUAAUUAUAUUGAAAAUACUGCACCUGGCAAUACGGAUAUAUAGUAAUAAGGCUUACUGAAGUGUUCUACCUAUAUAUAUGUACAAACUAUAUCCAAUGAUUCAGUUAUACUAUCAAAGAAUUUAGCAUAAAGAUCUCAAUAAUAUUUAGAAGUGUAAAGAAGUAUCAUCUCAGAGAUGUGAACCCGACUAUUAAAAGAUUCAGACCUGUAGGCCUUUAAUACAGGUACAUGUAUAUGUAAAUGAAGAAUAAUGACAGUCUAGAAAACAGGUCUUUAUACACCUCAUGGGGCCGUAUUAUGACAGCAAACAUUCAUUCUAUGUGUUAUUGUCUACCAGCAUGAAACAAAAUUUGAUAUCUAAAUUUGCUUUAAAGUUUGCACUAUCACCAUCUGUUCUGUAAAUAGGUAAAUUAUAUUUUACUCUUGAGAUUUUGUGUAUUUACCAGAAAACUUUGUUUACAUUUGAAUAAAGUGUUUCAGAAGUGUGCACAAA